AUGGAGCGGAUCUCAGAAGCCGAGCUUCAGAGCAUACUGCAAGAGGCGAAAAAUGACCUGACUAAACUGCUCACCGAUGCCACCACGAACACCACGCAAAUUGGCAUCGCCCGAGAGCGGGUAGAAAUCAUGAACGAACAAUGGACAACAGCACGGCCGCAGGUUGUCGGAACGUAUGGUGGAAUGGCCGCAUCAUUGCAGGCCAAAAUGAAAAAGAUGUCAAUGUGGUACGAGAACGCAACGAAUGCAGCCGCAGAGAAGGUGGCAUACGAAACGACGAGCUAUGAUCGAUUGAGCAGUCAUAAAAGGAAGGACGCGGAGCACUACGCAUUCGCAAACGCUUGGGCUCGUUCCAAAUAUGAAUUCUUUGUAUGGUAUAAGAAUGAAUAUACAGGCGUGACGUCCAUCUGGGAAUCGAACCCGCUGAUCCCCAGGCUGACGGCGGCAAUCAGAGAUGAGUUUCAGGCUUGGUUCCAGAAGCAGGUUGUCACCCAGAAACUGCUAGAUCAAUCUUCUGAAUCUGCCAUGCACGAUUUUUUAAGUGAGCGGCCGGAUGUGGUUGUCCUCCUAAACCUAAUUCCCCGUUUGCCGACAACCAAGACGCAAACCCAGGGCACCAUCGACCGCCCGACAGCUGUUACAGCCAUCGAAAUCACGCUAUCUUUGGUGCCGUUUUUAGGAAACGCGAUAGCAUUGUAUGAAGUGUGGACAGGGCGCGAUUUAUUCGGCUACGACCUGAGCCCUGUUGAACAAGCCAUUCUUGCCGCUUCUAUUCUUUUACCCAUCGCUGGCAGAAUGGUUAAAGGGGGUAGGGCACUCUACACAGAAUCACGACUCGUCAAACUCUAUGGAAAAGAUGCGACCUCGUGGGGGAAAGUUAUGAACGCCUCUGCACGAGCUAGCGAAAAACAAGCGGUAAUUCGAUCAAUAGAGGCUGGGGAGGAAGCUCUAGCGACGCUCGGCCGAGUUGAAGGAAAAAUUGCCCAGGAAGCUGCGGCUGCUGUGAAAGCUGUGGUUACUUCGCCCGUCGCCAUUCCCAAUGUGGUGGCACCAGAGACCAAAGUCCUUUGGCAAACACUUUCUAAGAGAUACCCAAUCUUGGACAAGUUGGACGAAAUCGCCGUGGACAGGAUCCUCAGAAAAGGCCCCAAUGUAGAUCACAUCAAAGGACAAUUGCUUGAGGAGCUGGCAGGGUCACAUAUAAUUCCUAUGCUGAGGGAACGACAUGCUGGAUUUGCGUUGGGAGUAAAGGUGCCCAAAGGAAAAACUUUGGAGUUCGUCCCUGGCUAUUCGAUUAUGGACGCCUCAGGGCGACAAAUUACGGACGGCAUGCUCGGAUACACGGAUAAGCAGGUGUUCAAUAUCCUGGCAAUCUUCGAAGCGAAGGCGGGAAGAAAGGGUGCCAGAGAGUUGACCGUGACGACGACGAGAGUCGCGAAAAUGAGUCAAGAUAGCCUCCUCGAAAUCAAGGCAGCGGCUAAAGAUUUUUGGUUAAAUGCAAGAACGAUCGCACGAAACAACAAGCAGCCUUUUUCUAAGACGGUGGCUGACUUUGAAAAACAGCUCCUCAAAACCAAAGACAGUGGUCAACUGCAACGGGAUCUUGAGCGGCUUAGUCGAAACGCCGGAAAGUCGUUGACCAAGAUUUACAUCGGUGAGGUAAAUACAGCCGUUCGAAUAAGUCCGACCAACACAAAGUUCUUUGGAAUCCUUCCACAGGGAAUAAGAAUCAGCUUAGUGGAAGCUGAAGCCAAAGCUGCUGGCUUUAAAUUUGAAGCAUUAGCUGUGCCAAUGCACAAAACGGACUUGGCAGCAGUAGCAAAGGAGCUUGUCCCACAUGCAACACAGAUGGUGUCGAAAGCUCCGUAG